GGACAGUCAGCCGUGAGGUGGACGAGAUGGCCUGGUGGAAGGCUUGGGUUGAACAGGAGGGUGUCACGGUGAAGGGCAGCCCCCACUUCAACCCAGAUCCCGACGCAGAGACCCUCUACAAAGCCAUGAAGGGAAUCGGGACCAAUGAACAGGCCAUCAUCGAUGUUCUCACCCGGAGAAGCAGUGCGCAGCGGCAGCAAAUAGCCAAGUCCUUCAAGGCUCAGUUCGGCUCGGAUCUCACGGAGACCUUGAAGUCGGAGCUGAGCGGCAAGUUUGAGAGACUCAUUGUGGCCCUCAUGUACCCGCCGUACAGAUACGAGGCCAAGGAGCUGCAUGAUGCCAUGAAGGGCUUGGGAACCAAGGAGGGCGUCAUCAUUGAGAUCCUGGCCUCUCGCACCAAGAACCAGCUGCAGGAGAUCAUGAAGGCCUAUGAGGAAGAUUAUGGCUCCAGCCUGGAGCAAGACAUCCAGGCAGACACGAGUGGCUACCUGGAGAGGAUCCUGGUGUGCCUCCUGCAGGGCAGCAGGGACGAUGUGACUGGCUUUGUGGACCCAGGACUGGCUCUCCAAGAUGCACAGGAUCUGUACGCCGCGGGCGAGAAGAUCUGCGGGACGGACGAGAUGAAGUUCAUCACGAUCCUGUGCACACGCAGCGCCCGUCACCUGAUGAGAGUGUUCGAGGAAUACGAGAAAAUUGCCAACAAGAGCAUUGAGGACAGCAUCAAGAGUGAGACCCACGGCUCCCUGGAGGAGGCCAUGCUUACCAUUGUGAAGUGCACCAGGAACCUCCACUGCUACUUUGCCGAGAGACUGCACUAUGCCAUGAAGGGAGCAGGGACACUGGAUGGGACCCUGAUAAGGAACAUCGUGUCGCGGAGCGAGAUUGACUUAAACCUCAUCAAGGGUCAGUUCAAGAAGAUGUACGGCAAGACCCUCAGCAGCAUGAUCAUGGAAGACACCAGUGGUGACUACAAGAACGCCCUGCUGAGCCUGGUGGGCAGCGACCCCUGAGGGCACUGAAGACUAAGAGCAAAGGCCAAGACCCCGCCAGGACCCCUGUGCCCUGCCUGCUCGACCUUGGCCGUGGCCCACAGCCAGCCCUUGCGUCUUCUGUCUCCAUGUCCAGCCAGUGUUUCUGACCCAGCCUGGGGCUCCUCUCCCCACCUUGCUUCCAGGGCGCUUCCAGUGUGAGCGCAAUGCUAGCCUUGGUGUUCUCUGCAGGUGAACAAAGGCGUUGGCAUGGAGGGAGCUGGCUGGACUCCCAGAGAAGCAAAGGCGCCUUUGCUGUGGUUGGCAGAAUAAUAAAGCUUUCUAUGUCCA